AGAAGAAGAAGAUAUGACGUCAUAAGGCUGCGCCGCGCUCCUGGGUCUUUUCUAACUGGAAGAAAGGUUUAUGUUCUAAGCUUUUAACGGGCUUAAAUCGAUGCAAACCAUCUAUAUUAUAGUGUGUGCAGGCGAUUUAAUGACAUUGUAAUUGUUUGUCCAACAUUAAUGAAAGUUAUUUUGUGUAAAGUGCAUCCGCACUGCUCGAGACUCUGAGACAGAGAUGAGUUUUUCUUCCUGUUAGUUGUUGUUAUCUGAACUCUGAUGAAGUGUGCAAACACAGAAAGCCCUCGGUGCAGCGACUGAGCUCGAUUAUAUAGAUGGCGUGUGUUAAAGAGGAGAGUGAAGACGUGAGGAUUGAAGAAGCUUUCAGAGUCAAACAUGAAGAAACUGAGACACGAACAGUUUACAGGACAAACUGCGCAUUUCACCCAAAAUAGUUUGGUGUGAUAUGAUUCCAAAGGGGGUCCAAGCUUGUUGAGGGGGGCACUGCCCCCCCAGAACCACCCCUGCUAAGACAGUGAUGCUAAAAGACAUGCAGAUAUUUUGCGGGUACCGAGGUUUCUCUGUGUAUGCUGUGGUCAGAUAUCAACACAGAAGAGUACAGGAAGUGUGUGACAGGAACAGACGGGGCGGGACAUGAGACGCAGUUAUGAUUGACAGGCGACGGACGAAUCAGGUCUCGGAGAGUCACAGCGCGAGCUCGGAGGCCUGAGGGUGCUGAAGGAGGAGAGUCAAGAACUGAAUAAAAGGGAAAUUAAGGGUCAAUAUGAAAAACAUCAUUCAUUAAUAACGGGAGAAAAAUCUUUAAGUUGCUCAGAGAAUGAAAAGACUUUGUCACGAAAAAGAGCUCAAACGACUAGUCAAACUAGUAGUCAUUUCGAUCAACAUGGAAACCUUGAUGUGCACAUGAGAAUUCACAUGGAAGACAAGCCAUUCUCCUGCCAGCAGUGUGGGAAGAGUUACACCUCGAAAGGAAGUCUUAAAGAUCACAUGAAUAUUCACACUGGAGAGAACCCUUUCACCUGCCAACAUUGUGGAAAAAGUUUCAUUCGAAAAGGAAACCUGACAGUCCAUAUGAAAAUUCACACUAGAGAGAGCCCAUUCAGUUGCCAGCAGUGUGGGAAAAGUUUCGUUCAGAAAGGUAGUCUUAAAUCCCACAUGAGAGUUCACACUGGAGAGAGUCCUUUUACCUGUCAACAAUGUGGAAAAAGUUUCACUCAAAAAGGAAACCUGAAAGUCCACAUGAGAAUUCACUCUAAAGAGACCCCAUUCACCUGCCAACAGUGUGGAAAAAGUUUCACUCAAAAAGGAAGUCUUAAAGAUCACAUGAAAAUUCACACUGGAGAGAACCCAUUCACCUGCCAACAGUGUGGAAAAAGUUUCAUUCGAAAAGGAAACCUGAAAGUCCACUUGCGAGUGCACACUAGAGAGAGCCCAUUCAGCUGCCAACAGUGUGGGAAAAGUUUUUCUCAGAAAGCAAGCCUUAAAAUCCACAUAAGAAUUCACACUGGAGAGAAGCCUUUCACAUGCCCUCAGUGUGGAAGGAGUUUUACACAUAAAGGAACCCUUAAUAACCACGUGACGACUCACACAGGAGAGAAGCCAUUUGUAUGUAGUCAGUGUGGAAAGUGUUUCCGAUUCACUGUAACCCUUAAAGACCACAUGAAGAUUCACUUGAGAGAGAUCCGUUUUAUAUGCCAUCAGUGUGGAAGGAGUUUCACAGACAGAAAUGAUCUUAAGAAUCAUGUAGUAACUCACAUCGGAGAGAAACCUUUCAUGUGCCAUUACUGUGGAAAGUCUUUCAAAAACAAAGCAAAUCUUGAGGUUCAUUUAAGAAUUCACACUGGAGAGAAGCCUUUCAGCUGCACUCAAUGUGGAAAGAGUUUCACAGUUAAAGGAAACCUUGACAUUCACAUGAGGGUUCACACUAGAGAGAGGCCUUACAGGUGCCUUCGGUGUGAGAAGAGUUUCACAUAUCACACGGACCUGAAACGUCAUUUGCAAACUCAUUCUGGAAAGAAAUUCCAGUGUUCUGAGUGUGACAAGGGCUUUAGAAAAACUAGCAGUUUCAGAAAACACCUGCACAUGCACUCCCGAGGAAGACCAUUUAAUUGUGUUCAGAAUAAAAGAAAAGUCCCAAAACUCUCAUCACACUUAGAGAUACAUAUGAAAAGGCAUGCAUAUGUGAGACAGUAUUCUUGUUCUUUUUGUGGAAAGAGUUUUGAAUGGCUCGGCCAUUUAAAAUGCCACCAGAAGAUGCGUAUCUGUGUAAAAUCAAAGCUACGUUCACGUCACAGAUGACUGUGGCCCAAAUAGUUUUUUGUUCUGUUUGUUUUUUUCCCCUGUGUGUGUGUGUGGUUGUUUACAUGACAUUUUAAAGUCCUGUAAUUUUGUUUGUAUAGAGUUUUUUUUUUUUUUUUUUUUUUACAAUAUUUAAAAAUCAGUAUGUUGUAUUCAUGUGUCUACAUUGCAUUCUGAACAUAUUCAGACCCACCUUUUUGUACAUUUUGUUUGCCUUAUGCUAAAAUAUUAUUUUUUUGGUCCAUUAUGCAUCAAAACCUGAUGACAUAAGUACAGUCUCAAGUCCUUUUUUGGGGUAUGAUGCAAUAACUUUUACAGUCCUGGAUUUGAGGAUUAUAUGUCACUUAUUUCAUAUAGCUUUCUCAAACUGUGAGAUUGGAUGGGGACUGACAGUGGACAGCCAUUUUCAAGUUUCUCCACAGAUUCGAUUGGAUUUAAAUCUGGCCUCUGAUUGGAUCACUCAAGGACAUUCCCAGUCUUUUCUAAGCCACUCAUGCAUUGUCUUGGCUGUGUGCUUGGGGUCAUUGAAGGUGAACCUUCCACCUAGUGAGUGCUCUGGGACAGGUCACAUCUAGAACAAGACAUCAGGCUUUGAGUUGAGUUGUUUUAUUAGACGUAAAAAGUGACAAUACAUCUGAAUAACGCUUCUUUGCUAAGGAUAACACAAUAAAGAAAACGAGACUUA